CCUAUGGAACUUGAAACAAUAUGGUCAAAAGUUAGCAAUUGUGGAACUGACCAGUAAAGUUGUAACGCACCAUAUAUGGAAAUCACUAGAAGAGGUCAAGAAGAAUAUGCUGAGGAAACAGAAGAAGACUCCCUAGCCACAGCUCGAUCAUGCGCAGAGUACACCACGACAGGAAGAAAAUUGUAUAAAAGGACCGUAUGCUAGUUCAAACCUCGCGGCAAUUGGCGGAACAUAGAUUCCCUUGUCGCCCAGCGCUGCAUUGCCUCUUUGUUCUUUGCUCAUUAUAAUUAAUAAAUUUGAUAAUUGAAACCUCAAAUUUUAGUCCAUUAUUCUAUCAAUAACAGGCCCCCCAGAAGUGUGAUGUGCCUCCACCUGCCUGGAACUACAGAGAGGACCACCAAAGCCAUGAGAGACAGUAAGCGUUGGAGAACACUGCCACCUGGAGCAGCCAUUGCCUGUUGCUGACUUCGGCUUUCCUGUGCUGAUUUUCAGUUUCCCAAUCUGAUUUCUGCUUUCCCAGAUAGCAGGAUCAUUAUUGUAGUUUCUUUCUUCCCUACUUAUCGAGAAUCUCUCAAGAUCCUCACUUUUUCAAGUGUACUUCUCAAGGAUGCUCCUCUAGGAUGUGCUGGGUUCCCAGCUUGGUAGUUCCUGGGCCAGCAUGUCUCUUUCUCUGUGUUCUUUUCCACUUACUAUCUGGUCACCCUUAUGGCUGCUUCUGUCACUAAGGGAAAACAGAAGCUCAUGGUCAGCGUAAAAGAGCAAAAAGAGAAGCUCAUUGCCAGCAAACACAUGCUGCACACUUGCUCCUGAGCAGACACAUCCUCCCCAGCCAUGGCAAGCUGCCCGUGCAGUGGUUCAGUGGCAAAAACCAAAAAUCUGGGGUGUCCCGGGCCAUGCGCUUCCCCUGCUGUGGAAAGUUACCACCUGGUGAGUGCCAUCACCUCCUGGCCAAGCCAGUGCUGGUUGGACUGGAAGAUUUAUGUGCCUGGGAACAAUGUUUCAUAGCGGAUGAUAAGGGCAGCUGUGCUGCUGCCUGAGGCUUGCUGCGUGCAGGAUGAGAGAUAAGAGAGAAAAGCAUGGAAAGUGAGGGAAUGCCUGCAACGCUGUGUGGGAUGUUGCCUGUGUCUGAGUGAAUUUUCCAGACAUGGCUGCCAGAGCUGGGGUGUUGGCAACCCACGCUGCUCCGAUCCAAAAGGCAUCACUGUAUAAGCUCUGGUGGGACGUGUCGGCAGGAUGGCAAUAGAUGGGCAUAGCCUUGCACAUGCGCGUUUUACUCAGCUCUGGCUCUGCAGCGCUGCUGGUCACUUCCUUCUUUUUUUGGCUCUUUCCUGCUCUUUGCUACACUUUAAGGAACUGUAGCUAUUCCCGCUUCUGCCUUAUCCCCUUCCCCUACUUUCCUCAGCCCCUGGGCUUUGCCCUUUCAGAAGCCAGCUCCAUCGCUCCAAGGGCUGCAGUUUCAGCCUUCACUGCUUUUUCUGAGGGGGGAAACUUUGUUCUCUGCCAGCUCUGCAGGGGACUUUUGCACCACUGAGGCACUCGCAGAGGCCUGUGCUGUCGCUGCUGCGGGGCACACACGCAGCCCACGCAGGCAAUGGACAUUGCUCAUAAAGAGAUGCUCUGCUGCUCUCUCCAGGGACAGCAAACCUUGCAAAUUUGGGUCUAGCUCAAACUGUUCUCCAGUGACAGAGACUUCUGUUUUACCUGCUGAUUUUCUGCCAGAUCUGUGUUUUCGUCUGUGUUCACGUAUAUGUCAUGAUACCAUGCACAGCCACCUGUUUGCUAAGCUCCGCAAAAUAAGGUCAUAUCAAGCAAAAAAAGGUCCUAGACUUUUACACCGUGAACCCUGUAACUGCUCUAUCUUAUAACCUUACUAUACAAGCAAUAAAUAUUAAAAAGAAUCUGGUCACCUAACAGACAUUUCUGUAGCAGUGCUUUUAGAUUAGAGAUUGAUGAGAAAGAUGGACAGUGAAUGCAAAGCAGAGCUGGAGUUCCCUGCAAGGAACUGGAGGGUCAACAGGAGUCCCUGAGCCAAAACUUGUGGUGCCCAUCCUAGGCGAGACCACCUGCUCACCCAGUUGGCAUUGUCCCCACGUCCCUGCGAGCUCUUUAUCCUCCUGUCUGCAGAUGUCUGGGUCAUCAGGAGGCGGACCUGGAUCUGGUAGGAAGACAGCAGCCAAGGAGCUGCCAUAGCUUCCGGAUGUUCCCCUUGCAAGGGUGACGUGCUGCCACACUGGCCUUCUAGGCUGUGGACGUGUUUGUCCAUGCUGCUGUAUCCUCUUCCCAAAUCCCAAAGAGCUAAUUGAUCCGCCCAGUUAGUUAAUUGAUUUGUAGCUAUUAGAGGCUACAAUUAACCGACCAGCUGGAAAGCUGUGUGUUAUCUGCCCGGUGGGAGCAGCGCUGAGAAGCAGCCAGCUCCAAUGGGCCACGAGCUGCCCCAUCACUGUUAACAGCACUGCUCACUUGGCAUCUUUUAAGGUUUUACUCUGCUUAAGACUUGGAAUUUUUCUUUUUAUCUUCUCCUUUGCUAGUGUUUGGCAGCAGCAAGCUCAAGCUUGGUCUCCCUGUUUUCCCUUAUCUCCUUCCCGUGUUACUGCAAGGUCACAAACUUUGCUUUACUCUCUGGAAUAAGGAGGGGAGUUAGCAUUGCAGGACAGACCAGUUUGGACCAGCUUGUUAUCAGUGUGUUCCCAGCCACCAUCCAAACCCACAUCAACUUUCAGACCUGAAACAAAGCAGAUGUUCAUUAAGCAGCAGAAAAGUGAUGCAUCUCAUUAGAUGGCUGGGCGAGAUGCCUGCACCUAGCACUAACAUAUUUGGCUGGGCAGUGCUAACAAAAUGGGAACGCCGCUCAGGAUGGAAACGAGGGGAAAGAGGAGGUGUCGUGUGCCUGGCUGCAGCAGCAGGGGUGUGCUGGGCAGGCAGCAGCCCCAUGGGCAAAGCUUGCCAGCAGCCCCAGGCUCAGCCCAUGGGGCUUGCAGUGCUGCAAGCCGGAGAUGAACCCCGCUAUGGUGUUAGAAGGUGAGCAGACACAGACGGCUUUGGCAGCACGUCAUCCCCAGGCAGCUCUUGGCCAACCCAGCAGAGCUGAACUGCAGCUUCCCAACUGUCCUGGUGCAGCUGAGCCGGCCCUGCACGAGGAGCGGAGUUCUCUGCUCCUCAGCCUCCGCCAUCUACGUAGGUGAGUGUGAAGGCAGCACCCCUUUGUGCUGAGCCCUGUCCUGCCAGGGCAACACACCAAGCAGACGCUCCUCUCAGCCUUCCCUCUCACCUCCUUGGGCUGUGCCAGAGCAGCCGUGCUGCUGGGGUGCGCUGCUCCCCAAAAUGCCCCUAGCACAAAGCUGGGAGCGUCCUGGGGAACCCGUGGCUGUGGCUGAUCUAGGCAGAGGCAUGCCCUGGGGACGGGGGCUCUGUGCCCAGGAGAUGUGCUUACUCUGUUCCUGACCGUCCCUGCAGCAGCCUCCAGAGGUGGGAAUGAGGCAGGAAUGGGGGCUGUGGUGCGGCCAAUCGAGUAACUGGCACAACGUAGCCAUUUUGAAGGCUCUGCAUUAAACUGGGCCUUAAACCAACGUUAGUAAGAGGGAUUAGGGAGAAGAAAUUGUCUAUUUCUGUUUAUUAGAGACCAGUUGGAGAAGAGGUGCCUUUUGGGGUCUGUGCAGUUGUUAGGAGAUAAGGGGGGGGUGCUGUCGUGCCCUGUUCCCUGGCUCAUAGCAACCAGCGAGAAGACAGUGAUUGCAGCACACUUCACUGACGCAUAUCAGGUGCACUCAGACAAUUUAUUAAACAUGCUAUGAGCAAGCUGUUACAGUCUAUAUCUAAUCAGUAUCCCGCGAAAUGUCAGUUAGGUUAGGUAAGUCUAUAUGACCUGUCCUGCUGGCACACCGGUCGCAGGUCUGGAUCCAGGGGUUGCAUGCUGGGGAGGUCUCAGGCUGGCUGAGAUGAGCCCCAGAUGUGCUCCAGCAUCCUGCCUAGAAACCCUUUUCUCAUGUGCUUUCCCAUUAUAACCAAUAAAACACUAAGUCCCAAGUUACGCAAACUAAGGUAUAAACAUGGGUAUAGAAAACACAUGAGUUGUGGGGAAAAAAAGGAAAGCAAAGGAAGCAAAUCUUCUUAUUGAUUCCUUAAGACCUUGUUUUUGUUCCACUGUUUUAUGUUUUCCAUGUCUUUGCCAAAGGUGUUAUUCUCUCUUUUUCUUGACAGUUUCCGGUCACAGCUCGGGUUCUUGAAGUGAGUACUAGGCUGUGUGGUGUUAAACAUAGAUAGGGUGGCUGGAGUGACAGAGGCACAGCUAUGGCCUUAUCCAGCCUGCCCAACUAGGGGCAGCUCUCGUUAUCAAACAGAGGCCGGCUACCGGACCUGUGCCGUGUCCUGUUCUCUGGUCUUACGUGACCUCUCCCCUCCUUCGGCAGGCUGUGCUUGGGCCAUAUUCCACAGCUGCCAGCCAUACUUUGUGCUUCUCUUGUUGAUGAGUGUUCCCAGCAGCUGCAACCAAUGUUAGGAGGUGCUCUGUAAAAACUGAAGACUCCUGGAAGGUGUUGCAGCUUGCCUUUUGGCACCUUGCAGCAAAUAAGUGGGCAGGAGGGGAACAAAGGUAGCUGGCCAGGGGGGGAUUAUCACCCAGCUGCUGACACCCACUGCUUCCUGUUGGGCUGCAUUCAGCAAACAGAGGUGGUGCAAUCAGCCCUGCGCGUGUAGGGGUUUCUGUCCCUGUUGCAUCCCACGCUCACGGGUGCUGGGUCUCUUCCAGCAGCUGAGCCCCCUUCAAGGACCCCUUGGAGCAGUGUGCCAGCCAAGCACCUCCUCCCUGCACGGAUCAAGGCUGGAACAACACUUUGGCAAGAUGUCCUCAAAGAGGUUCUGCAGGAGGGGGCCUCGGGCCUUUCCCUGGGAGCCUCAUCCACGUCAGGCUGGGCCACCACCUCCCCGUGCCCAUGACCCCCAGGAUGCCUGGCGCGAUCCUCCACGGGACCACCAGCACUGGAGAGCCAGGGGAAGAGGGCAUCUGCCUGGUCCCUGGCAGCCCAGGCCUUUCCCUGGCCCUGUUGAGUUCCUCUGGAAUGAGGAGAAUGGGAGAUGGGCCCCCCAGAAGUGUGAUGUGCCUCCACCUCCCUGGAACUACAGAGAGGACCACCAAGGCCAUGAGAUACCACCACUGCGUCACCAGGACUUCUUUGCCCAGCCUGAGUUCCCCAGCCAGGAGCAGCGUCCUGCUGGAUUCCUACGGGAACAAGAAGUCUUCCAGGACAACUACGCACCCCAGCGCCUUUGUGGCCCAUACCGGAGACGCUGCCGACUCCUGCUCCCCAUCAAGCAAGAGACAACACACCGCAGCCGUUCUCCCAGGAGCUCCCCAGGGUACCAUCCGUCCUCCAAGCCCUCUCGGUCCUGCUCCCCGAAGAGCCAGCCAGGGGUCAAAGAGCACCUCAGUGCUCCCCAGUCACCUACUACCUGCAAAAACAGUGUGCAAAGCAAGGAGCAGGUGGAUGAGGGCCUGCUGGUGGCAAGCAGUGAGGCGCUGGAUCCGCCCGGGCAUGCAGAGAAGAGCCCAGAGAAGAGCCUGGCCACCAACCCCCAGGCAACGGAGCAGGAGCCCGCAGCAGGAUCAAAGCCAGUUGAGCCACAAGGUGGACAGGAAGCUGCAGGCAACCAGCAGCCCUCUGCUUUGGAAUUGGAGCCAGUCUCACUGGAGAUAACCUGCACCAGGAAGGAGGAAGCCUUGGAGCUGGGCUUUGCACAGAUAAAGCCACACAGCCCAAGUGUCAGUGAGGCUAGUGGAAGUGCUGAGCCGUAUCCCUACAGUCCAUUAUCUCCGGAGCCUGCUGAGACUGUGAGUGCUGUUCCGAUUUUGGAGAUCCCACUGGAAGCUACUGCAGAGACCAACACACAGCCCAGCAAGGCCAGCUCCAACAUCUGCGCUGAGGCAGCAGCAUCACCCAGGACCGGGCACCCUCCCUGGGCUGGGACACAGCCGGCUGCAGGCUUCCAGCACUUACCCUGCCCCCUGUGCUCUGCACAUCAUCCCACCGGCACAGACCUGCGAUCUGCUGCCAUCCUCGCCAAGAAGGAGAGCAUCGAGCAGGGGUACAAGCAGUUCUGCCUGAAUUUUGCCAUGGUGUCCAUGAUGCUGCUGCAGAAGGAUCCCUCCAUGGAGGUGGCUCUGAUGCAGGCACUGAGAGCCAACCUGCUCCAGGUCCACAACCGCCUCGUGAAGGAGAUGGAGGACUUCAUCCAGCAGUAUGACGAGACGCACCCCAGCCGCUGAGCGGGGUGCAGUGGGGCUGCACUGGCAGAGCCCGUGCUGGGGCUGUAGGGAUGUGCUGAUGUGGUCCCUCUUGGGGAUGGGGGGGCUCAGGGAGGUGUCUUAGUUUGGAGGGUGGUUGGGUCUGAUGUUUGCUGGUGGGUAAUUGGGGGCUGUGGACAAGGGACAGGUCAUACAUAAGCCUGUAUUUACAGUGACAGAGGGAGGUGGUUUUAUUAGAGGGUGGGGGGAGGCAGAGUAACUGUGGGGAGGGGCCUCCCCUUGUCUUUAUUCUAUUCAUGAUUUUCAUAGAGUCUCUCUUAAAACUCAGGGUUUGUUCUUGUUUUCAUAAAUAAAAAUGAGUUUCUUUUGCA